GGAGGAAGGAUACACUUAAAACCGAGCAUCUAUUCAGGAGAGCGAGCCAUUCGAGCAUAUUUACUAGAGGAAGGAACAGACACCGUGAGAAGAUUACCAAUAUGGGAGGACCUCAGGAAGCCAUAACAGAGGACGAGAUUGUUGGAAUGGAAGUUCCGAAUACAAAGACAAACUCUAGGAAUGCCUAAUUAAUGUCGAAGAAACCUAUUAACUCUCAAAAGUCUCCUGGCAAACAUCAUUCGAAUCUUAAAUCCAAGAUGGUCUUCAAGGACAGAGAUGGCCUGGGCGCAUAUACAGCCGACCCCUUCGCACACGAACGUGUAAUCUUCAACAACGAUACCUCAGUUAUCAUUCAGGACAUGUUUCCGAAGUCUUCCGUCCAUCUUCUGGUUUUACCAAAGUCAGAACGUAACCUCCUACAUCCUUUUGUCGCAUUUGAAGACCCUGAGCUUCUAGCGGAUAUCAAAGUAGAAGUGGAGAGGGCUAAGAAGAUGGUGGCAAACGAGCUGCGACGAAAAUAUGGAAAGCUUUCCAAAUCAGAACAACCACGGAUACAGGCCAGAGACGCGGACGAGCCGCCAGAUGUGCUUCCUCCAGGUCGUGAUUGGAUGAAGGAGAUCAUCACGGGUAUCCACGCAGUACCCUCCAUGAACCACCUCCACGUUCAUGUCAUGUCGCGAGAGAUGUAUAGCGACCACCUCAAACGCAGCGCCCAUUACAACAGCUUCCACACGCCCUUUUUGGUCCCACUAGAGAAAUUCCCGUUGGCAAAAGAUGAUCCCAUACGGCUGGUUGGCCAUGGUCCCUGGCAUACUGUUGACCUUGUCUGUUGGCGUUGCAAACGAAACUUCGGAAACAAGAUGGCCAAGUUCAAGGUACAUUUGGCGGAGGAGCACGACGAGUGGAAAAGAGAGUAGAAAGUCCACCAUAGUUGGAAAGCGAUUAGUUAUUAGCAUAACGAGCCAUUGUUUCUGGAGACGAUGCAGUUCCUCCUUAGUUUAUAGAUCGAUAUCCUAGCAUUGCUACCAUGAGGGUAGGAAGCAUCCCUCCCAAAGC